CACCAAUUAUUUCCAACUUGAUGCGCACUUCCUUUUUUUAUUCUUUUUGCUGUUUAUUAUUUUGGGAUUCAUAUAUUCAUCUUACUGAAGUGAACUUUUUGUUUUUUUUCUUCUUUUACACAUUUUUUAUUCUUGAAAAAUGUAUCCAACCAUAGCUUGGAUUCUGAGAUUACACUGCUGCUUGUUGUUCUUGAUAUUUGCAGAGUCCAGAGUUCCUCAAGAAGAAGUGAAUGUCCUCCAACAAAUUGCCAAAACGAUGGGUGCAACAUAUUUGAGUUUCGAUGCAGAUUUAUGCAGAGUUGAAAAUGUUGGAGUCACAGUUACGCCAACGUGGCAUGAGAAAAUUGUUGGAUGUGAUCAUGAAGACCACAUCACAAAAAUUGUAUUAAAGGGUUUAAAUCUUCCAGGAGUACUCCCACCUGAAUUGGUAAAGCUUCCCUACAUCAAAGAAAUUGAUUUUGCGUUGAAUUAUCUCAGUGGUAGAAUACCAGUUGAGUGGGCUGCAACACAGCUGACUAACAUCUCUGUUACUGUAAACCGGUUGUCAGGGGAAAUCCCAACGGAGUUGGGAAACAUCAGCAGCCUUUUGUACCUGAAUCUCGAGGCGAACCAGUUUUCAGGCAGUGUUCCUUCUGAACUAGGGAAACUGAUUAACUUGCAAACCCUGAUUUUAUCCUCCAACCAAUUGGUGGGGAAGUUUCCAACUUCAUUUUCCAAACUCGUAAAUUUAACGGAUUUUAGGAUAAAUGACAACAAUUUCAGUGGACAGAUUCCGGAUUUCAUACAGAACUGGAAACAACUUACCAAACUGGAGAUGCAUGCCACCGGACUAGAGGGUCCCAUUCCAACAAACAUAUCUCUUCUGAAUAAAUUAACAGAUUUGAGGAUCAGUGACAUAGGUGGACCAGCUCAGGCAUUUCCUUCACUGAGUGAUAUAAUGGGAUUCCAUAACUUGGUAUUAAGAAACUGCAGCCUUUCUGGAGAGCUUCCUGUAUAUAUUUGGGCGAUGAAGGAUCUGCAAACAUUAGACGUUACCUUCAACAAGUUAGUCGGAGAAAUCCCAAACAAUAUUAGUGCUAGAAGUAUACUAAAGUUUGUGUUUCUUACUGGCAACAUGCUCAGUGGAGAUAUACCAGACUCAAUUUUGAAGACUGGAAUAAAUGUUGAUCUUUCCUACAAUAAUUUUACAUGGCAAGGACCUGACCAAUAUGCUUGUCAGCAGAACAUGAAUCUGUAUUUAAACUUGUACAAGAGCUCUGCAGCAGUAAGCCCCUUAAUGAGAAUUCAUCCAUGUACGAAGGAUUUCACUUGUCGUCGGUAUGGGUGUUCAUUACAUGUUAAUAGUGGCGGAAAUGAUUUUACUGUCAAGGAGAGCGAUGGAGAAGUUCAUUAUGCAGGAGAUGCAAGCGUUGAUGGUGGUUCUGCUAGAUAUUUCAGCAGUAGCACCAAUUAUUGGGGAUUGAGUAGCACUGGGGACUUUAUGGAUGAUAAUAACGACCAAAAUGCACGUUUUAUUGAAAGUACAUCAUCAAAAAGCCUCUCUGAAUUGUACAAUAAUGCACGGAUAUCUCCCCUCUCACUCACUUACUUCCGUUAUUGCUUGAGGAACGGGAGUUACAAUGUUAGCUUGCACUUUGCUGAGAUAAUUUUUACAAAUGACAGCACCUAUAGAAGUCUUGGAAGGCGAGUAUUUGAUAUAUACAUCCAGGAGAAAUUAGUUUGGAAAGACUUCAAUAUUGUGAAUGAGGCUGGUGGAGUUCAAACACCUGUGAUUAGGCAUUUUAACACCCGUGUAACAGAUAAUUUUUUGGAGAUUCGAUUUUACUGGGCUGGCAAAGGAACUAUCAGAAUCCCAUCUAGAGGGAAAUACGGUCCACUAAUAUCUGCAAUCUCACUCAAACCAACUUUUGGAUCUUGUUCAGAGGAAGAUAAAAAGAGUGUGACUGUUUAUGUUAUUGUCGGAGUAGUGGUUACAUGCAUUUCCCUGUUGGUAAUGAGCACACUUUGGUGGAAAGGAUAUCUUCAAUGCAAAAAGAAACAGAGAAAAGAUUUAGAGGGCAUGGAGCUGCAGACCAUUUCUUUUACUUUAAAGCAAAUAAAGGCUGCCACUAAUAACUUUGAUGCUUCUAACAAGAUAGGGGAAGGUGGUUUUGGUGCAGUUUUCAAGGGUCGGUUAUCUGAUGGUACGUUAGUUGCAGUGAAGCAGCUCUCGCGUCAAUCAAGACAGGGGAACCGUGAAUUUUUAAAUGAGAUUGGCAUGAUUUCAUGUUUGCAACACCCAAAUCUUGUUAAGCUGCAUGGUUGUUGCAUUGAAGGGACUGAAUUACUGCUCGUAUAUGAAUACUUGGAAAACAAUAGCCUCGCUCGCGCAUUAUUUCAUUCCGAGAAAAGUCAAUUGAUACUUGAUUGGCCGACAAGGUUCAAGAUUUGUGUUGGGAUUGCUAAAGGUUUGGCUUUCCUUCAUGAGGAAUCAAGCCUUAAAAUUGUACACAGAGACAUUAAAGCUACUAAUGUACUGCUAGAUAGAGAUCUAAAUCCCAAAAUUUCGGACUUCGGACUUGCUAAACUUACUGAAGAUGAUAAUACCCAUAUUAGCACUCGAGUUGCUGGAACAAUAGGAUACAUGGCACCAGAGUAUGCACUAUGGGGUUAUUUGACUUACAAAGCAGAUGUCUACAGCUUUGGAAUUGUCCUCCUGGAAAUUGUUAGCGGCAAGCACAACUAUGGCUAUGUGCCUUCCGACAAUUUCAUUUGUCUUUUAGAUUGGGCCUCUCACUUGCUGCAAAAUGGAAAAAUAGAGGAGCUGAUUGAUGAUAAAUUGGGUUCUCAGUUUAGCAAAGCAGAAGCAGAAAGGGUAAUAAAAGUAGCACUAUUAUGCACUAGUGCGACGCCUUCACUCAGGCCUGUAAUGUCUGAGGCUGUAGGCAUGCUUGAAGGAAAAAUUGAUGCCCCUGAUAGUAUCCCAGAAGCAAGUAUGUAUACUGACGAUUUGAGAUUUCAAGCCUUGAAAGAUUUCCAACAAGAGAGGCAAAAUCAAAGUGCGUCAAGUAAUCAAGCUCAGUGUUCAAGCAUCCAAACUGCCUCUGAUCUCUGUGAAUACAACCCCGAAUCAAGAUCUGACAAAGACCCAGCUUUUAGGCUGAAUUAUUUCUUGGAUAGAAUUUUAGGUGUACAUUUUGUACGUCCAACAGUACUGUAUAUCACUUGGAGGCUGGAGCUAGAAGAAAAAAAAAUGUUGCCACUAAAAAGAGCUGUUCUUUCAUGGAUUCUUGCAGUGAACUGCUUCAUGUUGUUGAGUUUGGGUGACUCAACAAGAGUUGCCCAAGAAGAAGUGGACAUUAUGGAACAAAUCGCCACUACAAUGGGAGCAACACACUGGAAAUUCAAUGGUGAAUCGUGCCAGAUUGAAGCAGUCAGGGUGACAACUGAUCUGCCAAGUUGGUUUGAAACUGAUGUUGUAUGCAACUGCAAUAUAGGAAAUGAUACUGCCUGCCACAUAGUAGCUAUUACUCUUAAGGGUAUAAAUCUUCCUGGCGUUCUUCCACCUGAACUGGUAAAGCUUCCUUACAUUCAAAAAGUUGAUUUUGCAUACAAUUACCUCAGUGGUAGUAUACCAACUGAAUGGGCGUCAACCCAGUUAAAUUCCAUCUCUGUUCUUGUGAACCGGUUGUCAGGGGUUAUACCGAAGGAACUGGGAAACAUUACCAGCCUUACCUAUAUAAACCUUGAAGGAAACCGAUUCUCAGGCAUUAUUCCUGAUGAACUAGGGAAAUUGAUAAACUUAAAGGCGCUGAUAUUGUCCUCCAACCAACUGGAGGGAGAGCUGCCAGUGUCACUCUCUGGACUUGUAAAUUUAGCAGAUUUUAGGAUAAGUGAUAACAAUCUCAGCGGACCAAUUCCAGAUUUUAUAGAGAAAUGGAAACAACUUACAAAAUUAGAGCUGCAUGCUACCGGUUUAGAGGGUCCCAUUCCAUUAAGCAUAUCUCUUCUCAAUAUGUUAACCGAUCUGAGGAUUAGCGACAUAAAAGGACCAAUGCAUGAAUUUCCUCCUCUAAUUAACAUGACAGACCUAGAGAGACUGGUACUGAGAAACUGCAACCUUUCGGGAGUAAUUCCAGGAUAUGUUUGGAAACUGAAAACUGUACAAACAUUGGAUGUUAGUUUCAAUAAGCUCAUUGGAACGAUUCCGGAUGACAUUAGUGCAAGAAGUAUGCUUAAAUUUGUGUUUUUAUCUGGUAACAUGCUCAGUGGAGAUAUACCUGCCUCAAUCUUGAAGAACGGAAUAAAUGUUGAUCUUUCCUACAAUAACUUUACUUGGCAAGGCCCUGAACAACCAGCUUGUCGGCAAAACACGAAUUAUUACAUAAACCUGUACAGGAGCUCUGCAGUUGCCGGGACUCUUAAGAACGUUCUUCCGUGUACAGAGGAUAUAACCUGUCCAAGAUGUAAACGGUAUCAUCCAUUGGCCACGGGACCUGUAGUGGGAAAAGAGAGCUCAUCUACAAUUAUUGUGCUUUUGGUGCUACAUGUGAGAAAUGAAAAUGUGGAUUAUUUGGUUUUACACUCUGCUGUAGCUGAUGAGUCCAUUUGGUUACAUGGCAGAGGGUGUUCCUUGCAUGUGAAUUGUGGAGGAAAUGAUGUUGCUAUUACAGAAAACAACAGGCAUAUUGAUUUUGACGGAGAUGCUCAUGUUGAAGGUGGUUCUGCAAGAAAUUUCUGCAGUGAUAAGUACUGGGGAUUUAGUAGCACCGGAGACUUCAUGGAUGAUGAUAAUGAUCAGAAUACACGUUUUAUUGAGACUAUACCAUCAACUGACCUGUCUGAACUGUAUAGUAGAGCAAGGGUUUCUCCACUUUCACUUACUUAUUUCCAUUAAUGCUUGGAGAAUGGGAGUUACAAUGUUAGUCUGCACUUUGCUGAGAUAAUAUUUAAAAACGACAGUACAUAUAACAGUCUUGGAAGGUGCAUCUUUGAUAUAUAUAUCCAGGAGAAACUAGUUUGGAAAGACUUUAAUAUUGAAGAGGAAGCUCUUGGAGUCCUAAGGCCUGUGAUCAGAUACUUUAAUGCUACUGUAACAGAUAGUGUCUUGGAGAUCCGAUUUUAUUGGGCUGGCAAGGGCACUGCCCGCAUUCCUCUUAGGGGACAUUAUGGUUCACUCAUAUCAGCUAUCUCAGUUGACUCAACUUUCAAGUUCUGUUCAAACAAGGACAGAAAGACCACAAUAAUUUAUGUUAUUGCUGGAGUUUUGGCUGCAUGUAUCACUUUUUUCGUACUGAGCAUUCUUUGGUGGAAAGGCUGUCUAUGUAGAAAAAGUAAAAGAAGAGAUCUCAAUGGUGUAGAGCUGCAGAUGGUUUGUUUUACUCUGAAGCAAAUAAAAACUGCCACUAAAAAUUUUGAUGCUUCAAACAAGAUUGGUGAAGGUGGUUUUGGUCCUGUUUACAAGGGUCAAUUACUUGAUGGUACAUUAGUUGCAGUGAAGCAGCUCUCCUCUCAAUCAAAGCAAGGCAACCGUGAAUUCUUGAAUGAGAUUAGUAGGAUAUCCUGUUUGCAACACCCCAAUCUGGUUAAGCUUCAUGGGUGCUGUAUUGAAGCAGACCAGUUACUGCUUGUAUAUGAAUACUUAGAUAACAAUAGCCUUGCGAGCGUUUUGUUUGAGAACAGCCGAUUGAAUCUGGAUUGGCCCACAAGGUUUAGGAUCUGUCUUGGAAUAGCAAGAGGUCUAGCUUUUCUACAUGAGGAAUCAAGCCUAAAAAUUGUACAUCGGGACAUCAAAGCUACCAAUGUGCUUCUGGAUGGACAGCUCAAUCCCAAAAUCUCCGACUUUGGACUAGCUAGACUCACUGAAGAUGAGAAGACCCAUAUUAGUACUCGAGUUGCUGGAACAAUAGGAUACAUGGCACCAGAAUACGCACUCUGGGGUUAUUUGACUGACAAGGCAGAUGUUUACAGCUUUGGAGUUGUACUUUUGGAAACUGUCAGUGGAAAGAACAACAAUAACUACAUGCCGAGCCACACUAGCAUUUGUCUCUUAGAUUGGGCCUGUCAUUUGCAUCUGAGUGGGAGUAUAGAGGAGCUCAUAGAUCAGAGAUUGGGGUCUGAUAUUAAUAAACAAGAAGUGGAAAAAAUAGUAAAAGUGGCACUCUUGUGCACUAGUGCCACUCCCUCACUCAGGCCUAUCAUGUCCGAGGUAGUGUCUAUGCUUGAAGGACGAAUCGCUAUUCCAGAUGAAAUUCCAGAGGCAAGUACUUAUUCCAAUGAUCUGAGGUUUAAAGCCAUGAAAGAUUUUCAUCAAGAGAGGCAAAAUCAGAAGCUAAUUCAAACCCAAACUCAAAACACCAUAACUAUUCAAACUGACAUGGGCUCUUCUUCUGCAUCUACAACUAAUAUGUUCGAUUAAUUUCAGUUUCAAGAUCAAACAGACACGUAAUGUCAUUUCAUCCAUGGUAAGCCUGGCUCAUUCUAACUUGCUGUGUUCUCGAGGGUGCUAGACCACCUCCAUGUGUAUUUAUACUUGUAAUUAAGCAAUUUGUUCAAUUUUUUUUGUAGCAGGCUUGCUGUAUAAUGUAAAUACAUGUUUCAG